CUUCUCAACCUUCACACCCAAUUCCGUGUGUCUCGACGACGUCUCCGUCACUCGCCCAGCAUGAAGUUUACCCAUGGCAUCUGGUUCGAUCGUGAGGACACCUCCAUAUAUAAUGCAGUGGAAGUUGGAGAUGUUACACGCUCCAAUGGAAAUGAAAUACGCGCGCUGUGCACAACUCGUCAUGUCUGCCAUCGUGGGGAUACUCUGAACCACCCAACAAUCACUGUGAAAUUGUCUUCUCCAGCACCAGAAAUUAUUGCAGGCACCGCAUACCACUUUAGUGGAGCUGGAUCUAAGUUACCGCGCUUUGAACUCUUUCCAGAGGGCUUGCCAAUAGAACUGGGUAGGGUCACAGAUGAUCCUCAAACCAACUCGGUUUCUCUGAAGUCGGGUGGUGUUCGGGCGGUGCUGGAUAAGAACCCAAGAUCUUUCAACAUAUCUUACAGAUCGGAGGAGAGCGGCGUAGAAUUGACUGAUUUGGGCAUGUCAUGCGUUCAAUAUAUUAUUGCUCCUCCACACACCGAAGCCUCUUAUCCGCCUCUUGCAUCAACGACGAUUGCAGAUCCGUAUUAUCGUGCUCCACUUUCCUCCUCGAAGCGACCGUACAUGGCUCUCUCAUUCGGACUUCAGGUCGGAGAACUGGUUUAUGGUUUGGGAGAGCGGUUUGGACCCUUCACAAAAAAUGGCCAGCACAUUGACUUGUGGAACGAAGACGCAGGGACUGCUUCUCCGUACGCAUACAAAAAUAUACCGUUUUACCUGACAAACCGUGGGUACGGGGUAUUCUUUGACCACAGCGACGCUCUUUCCCUAGAGGUCCAGAACGAGAAGCAAGCGAAAGUGCAGGUAUCAGUACAAGGAGAAGAGAUUCGUUGGUAUAUCAUUCAUGGGCCGACGCCGAAACAAAUCUUAGCAAACUAUGCAAAACUUACCGGUCGUCCUCCCAUCCCGCCUGCAUGGAGCUUUGGGUUGUACCUUUCUACAUCUUUUCUCACUGAGUAUGAUGAGAAAACGGUGACUUCCCAGCUCGAUGGCAUGGUAGAGCGCGGCAUCCCAAUGUCGGUUUUUCAUUUCGACUGUUUCUGGAUGAAAGCCCACCAGUGGACUGAUUUCACAUUUGACCCCAAGUACUUUCCUGACGCAAAAGCUUUCCUUGGCCGAAUCCAUGAAAGAGGUCUCAAAGUCUGUGUAUGGAUCAAUAGCUAUAUUGCACAAAACUCGGAGGCCUUUGAAGAUGCCGUUUCCGGCGGAUACCUUAUCAAACGAACGAACGGCGAUACUUGGCAGAGCGAUAUCUGGCAGGCGGGCAUGGGCGUUGUCGAUUUUACAAAUCCUGCGGCGGUUACUUGGUACAAGGCACAUCUCAAGCGGCUGCUGGACCAAGGAGUGGAUUCAUUUAAGACCGAUUUCGGAGAACGCAUUCCAUGGGAGGAUAUCACCUACCACAACGGAAUGGAUGCCGUCGCCGGACAUAACUACUACGCUUACCUCUACAACAAGACCGUCUUCGAUGCAAUUGCCGAAGUACGUGGGCCUGAUCAAGCGCUCCUCUUUGCCCGCUCGGCCACAGCGGGUGGUCAACAAUUUCCCGUACAUUGGGGUGGCGAUUGCGAAUCCACAUGGCAAGGCAUGGCGCAGUCCCUCCGUGGAGGUCUCUCUCUGGGCCUCAGUGGCUUUGGAUACUGGUCUCACGAUAUUUCAGGCUUCAUGUCCGAGGGACAGGCACAGACCGGACCAGCGUCUGCAUUGUACAAGCGUUGGGUACAGUUUGGGCUGCUGUCCUCGCACAGCCGGCUGCACGGGUCCAAAAACUACCGCGUUCCGUGGCAUGUUGACCAUGAAGCAACUGAGGUGCUACGCAAAUUUUGUCGCCUGAAGAAUCUUCUUAUGCCUUACGUUUUUCGCCAGGCAAUAGAUGCACACCAGCAAGGCCUGCCGUUGCUUCGUGCAAUGCUGAUCGAAUAUCCCCAAGACAAAGUCUGCCAAAACCUCGAUCAGCAGUACAUGUUUGGCGACAGCCUUCUUGUAGCACCCGUCUUCAGCGAGUCCGGUAUUGUGGAAUUUUAUGUGCCGGCUGGGAAAUGGGCGUCUAUUCUCGAUGGACGAGGUUACACGGGCCCGGCAUGGUUUACGGAGAAAUAUGACUACUUCAACCUUCCGCUGCUGCUGCGCGAAAAUAAGGUGCUGCUGGUUGGGAAGCCCGACAAACCAGAUUACGACUGGGUAAAGAAUAUUACUCGUGUGCUUGUUGGAACGACUACCUUAACCACAUUGAAGGUUGAGGUGCCAAGCUUCUCGAGUCCUGGGGUGAUAGAGGUGGUAUUGGAACUUAGUAAGGGGUUGGAAAGCAAGAUUUUCACUCUGAAAGGUGGAAUCGAUUCGUUGCAGGUUGAAAUGUUGUCGGAGGGGUGCCAUUUGUGAAUGAAAGAGUUAGCAAAUAGAAUCAGUCUACGAUGAGGCCCCGUUCAGUUUUACAAAAUUGAUUAAUGAGGCUAUAAUCGACGGUG